AUGGCGAUUCUCUUUUCCAGUGGAAACACGAUUUUUAAACGAAACCUCCUUUUCCUUCGGGAAACGUUGUCAGGCCAAAGGCAGCUCCCGAGGUUGUAUUGGCUGCUCCGGGUUAUUCUCAGCCUCUUCAUCGGGGUGGUGAUUGUUGCUGUGCAGUUCACCGGGGACUGGGAGACCGGCUGGGUGAGGGCGAACACCUCCUACAAAUCCUUCAGCAACGCUGUGGUGAACGCCGACGUCGGCCUGCACGUCGGCCUGGGAGGCAUCAAUGUCACGUUAGUAGGGAACCCCGUGAACCAGAUCAACGAAACCAUCAGCUACAACGAGCACUUUGCCUGGCGCUUCGGAGAGAAUUACGACCAGGCCUACAGGGACAGCCUGGAGAAGGGGCUGCCCAGCCCCAUCCUCUACGUGGCAGAGAAGUUCACCCAGCAGAGCCCUUGCAGUGUGCACAACCAGUACAGGAUAUCCGGCCACUACGCAUCCGCAACCAUGUGGGUGGCGUUUUGUGCUUGGCUCAUUUCCAACAUGCUGUUCUCCAUGCCAGUCCUGGUCUACGGCGGCUACAUGAGCCUGGUCACAGGGAUCUUCAUGAUCUUCUCGCUGCUGUCCUUCUCCACCAUCGGGAACUCCCCCCUGUGCACCAUCCAGUUUGGCCCAGUCUCCUUGCACACUGUCUACGGGGCCUCCUUCUGGCUCACGCUUGCAACAAGCUUGCUGUGUUUCCUGAUUGGGGGGGUCGUGGUGGUGCUGCACUACCUCCGGCCGAGGGUGCUGAGAGCCUUCUUCGAUCUGAGUGAGGACGAAGAGGAAGGGGACAUGAUGCUGGGGGAAGUGUACACCAACCCCCACCUCCAGACAAGCACGAAGACAGUGUAUGACAACUUUGCCAUGACCAUCAAGGCUGUCUAGAGGCAACUCCGGCUCCCUGCCUCCCUGGUCCCAAGACAGGAGGAGCGGAGCACCGUGGAGGCAGAUCCUUUUCCAGUUCCCCAUGGGGCUUGAAUUCGCAUGCCCUGCCGGCACCUCUGAAAUCAGCAAAUGCCUCAGCUGGCCUGAGACCCCUCUCAGUUCAUCUCCUCUCCAGGAGAAAGGGCAGGGGCCGGCGGGGCCUUAGCCCGCAGAGUGUUUGCAGUGUUGAUCUGCAUCGUCGCUCUGCUCAGAUGGGUUCCCAGGAGCGUUCUUCUUCUAGCUCCUGCCCCCUUUCUGGAAUCAGGUCAAAAUCCUCGUGCUGCACUCCCGCCCGAACCCACGAGCGGGAGAGAUCUCGCCUGGAGGGUCCGAGACCCCCAUGCGCAGGGUGUGAGGCACAUUCAGAUCUAGCAAGAGGGACUGAAAUAAUACUGGCAUCCAGUAUGCUCCGUCCCAGCCUGCAAGGGCAAACCCCGUAUGGAGAACACGGAAGAUCUUUAGUAUGUUCAAUGAGCAAUUAUCCAGACUGUUGCUUUCUAAUUUGCACUAAGGCUCUGCCAGGAAGGGCCGAGAUGUACCUUCCUGGGGAGCAGCUUCGCCUACUAACGGCUUCAACCCUGCCGUGAUAGGCAGCCCAAGAGCCGACGGCCGGGGGGCUAAGCCAGCCACAUCACAAGGGAGGGGAGUCUGUCUGGCCCAGGGAGGUUCCGACUGGCGCCUUUCUGGGCCUUGAAAGCCAGAAGGGAACAUCAUGGCCAGCCACUCUGUCCUCCUGCCUGUCACAGGCCACAGACCCCCCCCACCCGCACUGACGCAACACAUGUGAUUGGGCUCAAGGCACCAGGGUGGUGUUCUCCGGCCUGUGCCAGGCAAGAGUCCAGCACUAGAGCAAGAAUAGAUGCACUGGUUGGGUACCACACUGAAUGCCCCCUAAUGCCACAGCCACAUCCCUGCUCCCACAGCUUCGCUGGCCCCGGACAGUCGUUUGUGUUAGACCAGCCCACCCUGCUGUAGCCUGGUUCUCACACCCUAGGUCACACCCAGGGCCUUGCCCCUUGCAGAGCCAGCUCGCUGUUCCCCUUGGGCACCUGCCUCCCCAUCACCUACUGCUUCCGGAGACCCCGCGGCCCCCUCUCUGGCUCUGUGAGCCACCACCCCGGGGCCAACCCUCUGUACAUCCCUUUGGGUCAUCUGAGUCCUUGCAGGAGGGGCCCUGACUGGGCCGAGCAGGUGCCCACGGGCAGGAGACACUUAGACAGGGCCUGGGGCCCAC